UAUGUGCAUACGUCGCACGUGUUUCAUUUACAUAGGCAUGUAGUUCGAGUGGUUUGUGUUAUUAACUGACUCUAGACGCAACGCAGAGGAAGUUGCAAUUGAGAGCAAUGGCAGAGAAGAAAACGUGGACCCGAAAAGAAAUUUUUUCAUUAAUCUCACAGUGGGAAGCACGGCCGGAAUUGUGGGAUGUAAAACAUAGAGACUUUAGAAAUAAAAUUAAGAAACAGAAGUUAUUAGCAGACUUAGCAGUAAGGUUUAAUACCGACGAAAUUGAAAUCAACAGAAAAUUACACAACUUGCGGACGCAGUUUCACCAAGAACUCAGGAAAAUAGCAAGGAAACAAAGCGACGCACCGGACGCCAAUGGGACGUUUCAAAGUUCAUGGGAGUUUUUUAAUGUGAUGGGUUUUAUACGCGGUGAUUAUUUCUACUCCAAAUCAAUAGAAAUGGAUGACAGUCAAUCUCAGGAUGUAUUUGAAAAUGUGAAUGAGAAAUCAACACUUGAGAAAACAGCGACAAAUCUGAAAAGACCAUGUGAUAUCAAGGAAUCUCGAGAAGCUUAUAUACCAGAUAAAUCCACAAGAUUAUCAAAUUUAGCAGUCGAUGAGUUUCAAAUCUUUGGAGAUCUCGUAGUUUCCGAACUAAGAAAUUUGCGAUCGCGAGAAAAUCAAAAUGAACUGAAACGGAUGAUUCUACGUGCAAUAUCGCAUAUUUCAGAAGUAGAUGACAGACGUGCAAGUAGUUCUGAAUUACAUUUGGAACCGAAUGCUUCUGAAAGUUAUAAUUAUCCGUCACGGCCAUCGUCUUCUUCUUCGUAUCAUUCAAAGUUUAGUCCCGAGGAGCAAGGUAUUUGUUUUAGAGAGUUCACAGUAUUUAUAACCAGGAGAAGGAAUCUAAAUAAAUAUUCCUGUUUGUUUAUAUCAUACAUUACUUUAAUUAGAAAGUUAGAAAUAAAUACUCACAAAGGUUAACUGUAUUUUUUUAUAGAACUGAUCUGUAUUUAAGUUAUUCUUAUUAAAAGACUGCGUUCAC